AUGGAAUCAAAAGCACAAGCUGCAUUGAAUCGCUUAAAAGAAAUUGAUAAAAAGUACAAGCACAAAAAAAUUUCUAGUGAAAGUUCGAACAGUAGCGAUGAAGGUAAAGUAUUACGCCCGACAUUAAAUAUUAAGUUACCGAAUCCUUAUGAGGAGUAUAUUGAAUCUAAUUCGGAUGAAAGUGAACAUGUUGCUGUCAGAGUUGUUGAUGACACGCUGAAAGCAAGAUCUAGACAAUCCAGUGAUGACAACUCCGAGGAUGCUGUUAAAUUAGUCAAGGAAGGUGAUGCUAAAAACGUUGAAGAUUCAUCAAGCAGAGAAGAGAUAAGUGAAAUUAUUGAAGAUGUCAGCGAAACUAUUCAGGAAGUCAUCACUGAUAAGUCUUUCAAUGGUCAUUUCAGCCUGGACGAUGGAGUGAUUGGUCCUGAAGAUGCUGGCAAAAAUGAUUCUGAUGAAAUUUUAACUGAUAAAUACUCUGAAUCUUUUGAAAGUAUUGGUUCAGAUGCCACUGAAUCUAGGUCUGUUAAAGUCAAGAAGAGUACCAGUGUGUCUGAAAGCGUAGAAACAAAAUCUAGUAGUUUAAAUAAUUCUAGAAGUAAUAAGAGCUUGGAGAGUAUUGCAUCCGGAAAAGUAUCUGAGAAGGUACUGAGUGAAGUUGAGAUUGAAAAGAAAUUAUCUUCUGAAAGUAUUAAACUGUCUGAUAUUGUUGAAGAUAAAGAUGAAAAUAAAUUGUCAAGUUUAGAAUUAAUCGAAAAUAACUUUCGUAAUGAGAGUAAAAAGACUGAAGAAAAAUCAAGUAGUUCUAAGUAUGAAAUUAGUAAUACUAAACGUUCUAGUCAUAAUUCUAGUGUUGAAAAGUCUAAGAAAAUUUCUGAAACAAUUCAAACCAUUAGUGAUAAUAAAUUUAGAGUACCAACGACUGAAAGUGAUGAUUAUAUUUCUGAAUCAACUAAAAUUUCUAGUUACAAGUCAAUUGUUAAAAAGAAUAAAAAAAGUUCUGAUUCAAGACAAUCAGUGAGUGAUCAUGAAUUUAUUAUUAUGUCCAAGUCUGAAAACAAUGACUCUAGUUCAGAGUAUAUCAAGAGUUCUAGUCAUAAAUCUAUUGUUAAAAAGUCUAGAAAAAAGACUGAUGUUAGACAAACUGUUAGUGAUCAUGAAGGAUACUCAUCAUCGAAAAAAAAAUAUCCAAAAAAUAUUCCGAGCAGUUGUCAGAAUUUAGAGAAAAAACUUAUACAAAGUCAUCAUCAUUUUAAGCAAGAGCAGCAACGCUUGAACUCGGCGAUGAUUAAUUAUAUUCAGAAGAUGGAAGAAGAGCAUCAGAGACUUCUAACGUGGCCUAAGAAUUUAAUUUGCCCAUCGAGAGUUAAUGUCAAGACUGUGAAACCUUUAGAACUUCCUCAUAUUUCUGGAUUUGUUCGACCUGACUCAAAGGUUAACCAAGACGAAGAUAUAAACAUGGAAAUACUUAGAAACCGAUUAUUGGACAUUCGUCAAUGGAUAAAAGAUCAGUAUUUAAUAUACAAAGAACAUUAUGAUUUAGCAGAAUCCUUAAACAAAACUUGUACUUAUUAG